UGGCUCAUAGUUCAUACCAAAAUUAAAAGGAACAUUUCUGCCUGUCUCAUAACACUUAUGCCAGUAACUGGUAAAAUUUUCCCUGGCCCUGUGAUUCUGGAAACCAUCCAAGCUCCGCUGAUCUUCAUGGAAGCAAAUCUGUGUGCUCAUGAAUCAUUUGACCCUGAAUCUUAAAUUAUUUCCUGAGCUGAUAUUUUCUAAGAAUUAAAUAUGUUGCUUUGACUCCCAAGAAUCAUCUUCACUUUAAAUGGGAAGAAGAUGAAGCAGAAUAUUUUUUAUAUAUAUAUAUAAUUUAUUUGAGAUAUAUAUGUGUAAAACAUACAAUAUAUAUGUUAUAUGCAAUAUAUAUAUAUAAAGUCUCUUUCCAUCUCUAAACUUUCAUUUUGGUCUUUUAUAUUUUCUAUCUACAAACACAGGCUCUUGGCAAGGUCCUUGGCUCUUUCUUAGGGCAAGAGGAAAUCUGUCCAAUUGUUUGACAAACAAAGCAUCCUAACAACACUUUAUAAUUAAUAUGGAAGAAAUUCUCCACCUAGCAUCUCUAGUGUGACCACACCCAGUAGAAUGGGAAUUUUUUUUUAAAUAAUCAAAAUGCUGGGUUAUUUCUCUAAUUUUUCCCUAAGAUUUUUGCUGUCCUAAAAUUUAACCUGGUUGCCCUGCCUGUGGCAUUUAAAUGUCCUUGUUUGUCAUUCCCCUUACAGACUGUUUGCUGCUCUGUCGUUUUCAAUUCUAUCUUUAAUAGACAGAAAAGGGAAAAAUACUUAUUUUUAGGCUUAAAGGGAAACAAAAAGAUAAUGGAGCUCUGGAAAAAUCUCAGGAAGCAACGUGAUAAUUCCAAUCACUUUGAGACUGGACAAGCCAGGUAAGGAAAGUUUGGUGGAACGGUUUUGUGAAGGUCUGACUUUAACAGGAGCUUGAGCAGGAAACGUUCCCAACUCAGGACCUAAAUCCUGGCUAAUCUUUAUGGCCUGGUGGCAGAAUGCAGAGCACCAGGGCUCCACUCCAGAGCCGGGAGCCAGAGUUCCUGCGGCACAAGAUAUCCCACACUCUGUCCAAUGAGCUGGAGACUGUGGAGUGUGGAGGCAGGUUAUGCCACAACAGCUUGGGUUUAAGUUGUCUGGCUGUGGUUAUAAGGAGCUGUGGACAGAUGCUGCUUCUUCCUUCGCGUCCUUUAUUCCUUAUUUUUAAAAUCUUGGGGCUGCGCAGGAGCAUCAAGUCUCUGGCUGUUAAGAGACCAUGUGACUGCUCUGGACUUUGAACUCAGAUAAACUCCUUACUGAAUGAAAUCAUCUGUAAAAUGCUUCCAAUAGAGAUUAUUUUGCACCAGGCUGUACUAAGAAAUGCAACAGAAUUUCAACACAUUUCAGAGGCAAAACAAAGGACCCGUCCUUGUCCUAAGUGCAGCGUUAUCGAGGGAAGUGCCAGAGCCCCUCACACACACAGAGGACACUUGGACCAGGCUGUGGAACCAGAUCGUGGUUUAGCUUGGAGAAUAGAAUCAUCCUGAUUCCAUAUAAUCAUGCAUCAGCUUUUGCCUAAUCAAUGCACACAACUUCAUUUCCAAAAGACGUCUUCAGAAAUCCCAAUAUCCUACGUUGAAAUCAGUAAAAUCAGGUCCAGACUGGACACGUUGGGAUGGAUCAGAAUUUCUGUGUGCUUUUUAGUCUGGAGACAUACCAGGUUUUAGCUAAUAUUUGGAUUUUUAAAAAAAAAUCCCAGCCCUGAUCAUUAUGGGUUUUUUUCCCUAGGAGCAGAACACCUGGCUUGGAUCCUGGCUCCCUUCCAACCUGAGUCAUUAUGGACUGACCAUGUAAGUUUUCCCUGUGGUUUUCACUGGAUAAAGCAUUCCUCUCCAGUUCCUCCUGUGAAUGUUUGUACCUUGUUGUGGGGCACUAAUCAACACCUCCUGCCCUCUGCCCCAGAGAGGGCUGCAUUUUAGUAAUAAGUGAAAAAAUUCCCUAAAGUUAUAAUUAUGUCCAGGUCCCCUCCAAGUAUAGUUGGGAUAGGCAGGGAUAUAAUUAUAAUUUUAAACAUAAUUGUACAGGAGAUGUGAAGUUGUUAACCCACGUUUUGAGUUUCCAGUGAUCCAUCAGCCAUGAUCUGUAUCAGGAUGGUGGCUCCUGGGGAGGGACAACACUGGCAAAGGGGCCAAAGGCUGAUGCUGUACACACAGAAACACACUUGGAACACUCUUCCAAUGAAUCCAUCCAACUGGGUAGCUUGGGAUUUGACUCCCAUCCCGUAAGGAUGUGACACUAUUAACUGAGGAGACUGAAAAUGUGAUGGGUUUAGAUCAGGGCAAAACACCAAACGAACAAACAAAAAAAGGCAGGUUUUAGGGGGAGAGAGAAAAUUUCCGGUGCCUCUGGUGGAAAACAUUUAGCAACACUGAAACAGAGCUCAAGCCAUAGGCCCCUUCCAGCAGGGAACGGGACACAUCGCCGAGGUGCGACAUUGCCAUCAUGUGGCCAUCCCAGCUCUGCAGAAACACCAGCAGAGGGAAUCGGAACUUCACCCCAGAUUUGCAGCUUUUUCAACUGCCUUUGUAUUUGCAACCUGCAAGUGGUGAUGCCUCUCCUGACAUCCCACUCCGAAGAAAAAGUCUCUUCUCCAGAUCUGCUCUACUCUGUGUCAGGGAGAAAAAGGCAUUUUCCCUUUCCUGAGGCCCAGCGCUGCCAGGGUGACACUGCACUGCUGAGAAUAGAGCACAACUGAACAUCAAAAACAUACAGAAACAUCAGAAAUGACAAAUGGAACAUUCCUGAUGUCAGGAAGCCAAUCUUCAGGAAUAAUCUGAAUGAGAACAGCACAAUGGCCUGGAUCAGGAAGGAACUCCAGCACAGGAAAAUACAUGGAAGUUAGUGUAGAGUCAGGAGUGGAAAACAAAGCUAAUUAAUCAAGUCAGGAAUUUAAGAAGAAAAUGAAGCAGUGACAGAGGGCAAAUCGAGGUGGAAUGCAGAAGCAAGCUGGGAUAAAACAUGCAGAUGGAAAAGUUGUACAUACUCAGAGAAGCAGCAACAGAACAAACCAGAUCCAGGGAUGACAAGGGGCUCAAUGAGAGCAGCAGUGAAGACAAAUAAAUAAUUUUCUGCUUGAGCCAAAAGCUGCUCAUCCACACAAAACUUGUGUUUUCCCUCAUCUGGCACCCCGCCCAUGCAGAGCGUGAUUGAGCCCAGGGAAUUACAGCCUUGGUGGGGGGUUACAAACUUCCUAAAGGAGGGACAACCUGUCGCAGAAUUACAACAGGAGCUUUCUGCCAAGCUGGCACAGCAGGCAGAUACACAGAGAAAUCAUUUGGAAAGAAACUCAGUAGGACGUUCGUCAGAACACCCAGAUUUCAGCUAUAAGACCUUGUAUCAAACAGCAACAAAGAACCAAGUGAGUUACUAAAACUCCAGAGAUGGAAAAAGUAUUAACAGGCACAGAACAGCAUCUCAACUCCCACUGGUGCCUGGCCCUGCAAGAGCAAAUCCUGUUUGUGUUCCUGUCUCCCAGCACCUGGCACCUGGAAACACCUAAAGGAACCUGCCUGCCUUGGAACAACUGGGGCCAAGUUCCUGCUCUGGGAAAGAUCCUUCUGCAGCUGAACUGCCCAGAUCAAGGAGCCAGGCAAGAGGAACCUCCUUCUUAUGCACCAUGGAAUUUGCAGAGAAAGCUUGCAAGAGCCCUAAAGUGAAAACCUAAAAUUCCACUGAAGGGAAUCAGAUCAAUAUUUCCUAUUAUCCUGAGCUGGAGCUGCUGAGAUGGACUGUCAGCUGUGUAGCUGACAUAAACAGGGAGAUUUUUCAGCAGAACAUGAAUGCAGGAGAGAAAACCAUUUUCCAAGAGUUUCUGACAAACCAGGGCACUGUGGUAAAGCCCUGCUGGUGGCAGAGACAGUGCCAUGCCUGUGCCAGGUGUCCCUUCCACAUCCGGACGGGGGAAGAAGCCAGAGUGCCAUACACAGAAUUUCACGGGCUCUUUGGCUCCCCACACAGGCCCACAGCGACUCCCCAAAACAGGCACCUUCUCUUCUACGAACUGAGGAGCUUCUCAGGCAGAGUCCUGCAGAAAGGCCACGCCACAAACUGCACUGCCCGAGCCAAGCACCCCGAGGCUGUGCUGUUCGAGGCGGGCGGGUACCUGGACGCAGCCACAGCCGCCUGUGAAAGCAUCAGGUGCAUCAUCCUCUACUCGAACCUCUCCCCCUGUGACGAGGCUCAGCACUGCUGCUUAAGGAAAAUGUACAACUUCCUGCUGAGACACCCACACAUCACGCUCUGCAUCUAUUUCUCCCAGCUCUGUCACACCGGGAGCGGUUCUCCCCGUGCCGGGGGGAAUGCCAGGGCUCUGCAGAGCCUCCGCAGCCUCUGGCCUCGGGUGACCCUGCAGAGGCUGCCAGAGGGGGCACAGCAGUACCUGCUUCGCCACUUCGUGUGUGGCAUCACAGGGGCGAGCCCUCGUCACCGAGUGCUGCCAUCGGGAGCCUCAGCAGGUCGACAAAACCCACAUCAAAUUAACUUAACAGGAGUGAAACCGUAUUUUAGGGAAGCCUUUCCCCAGGGAAUGGAGGGGAACCUGGCUGUACAGCAGAAUUUAAAGGCCUUUCCCUCUCCCAGCCCGGCCUCCCGACAGCCUUUCCCAGCCAUGAAAGGUACUCUGCUCCUUCCAAUGUCUCCAAGCCAUGUGCUUUUCCCAAGUGUGUUUCUGCCCUCUCAGAGGAAACAGCUAUACCUCAGACCCAUAAAUAUUGUAAGGCAUUUAAAAAUGCCAAAGGAAUGACUCAGUGGAACUCCUCAUUCUGACAUGUUUUCCCGUGGCACGUACCUCUUCUGAGGAUGACACACAUCCCUCCACUUUUGAGUGUGAAAAUUAGAUCAUAGAUGGCAAAAAGCACCACUAAAGUCCCCUCUUACCCACAGUAUAAUUGUGGGUCUCAAAUAACUGACUGUGAACAUACUUUCGUUUUAAUCCUCUACCUUUCAAACAUAAAUCCAGAGUAGUAAACCCCAAACCUCCAUGUUCCCUGCCCACAGCAGAGGGCUGGAACUAGAUGACCUUUAAGGUCCUUUCAACCCAAACACUCUGAUUCUGCGAUAUUUUAAUUACCUCCUGCAAUUAAUUUAUUGCCUUUAAGCCAAUUUCUACCAGAAAAAUGUCAGCUACAGUCCCCAAGCUACAACUUCAUUUACAGCUGGAUUGCAGCUUCCCAGCUGAGGCAGCUUUGGUGGAACACAUGACACAUCCUAAAUUCCUCCUCCAUCAACAAGGUGGUCCUGCAGGUAGAGCUGAUGCAGGAAUAAAUUUUCCCACAAGCUGUUCCCUUAAUAAUAGGGAGGGUUAUAUAUGCAUAUAUAUGUGUGUGUAUAUAUUUAUUUCUAGGGCUGCUGCCUUCCAUUAAGAGGAUUCUCACAAAGCUGUGUAAUUUCCUAAUUAAUAAUAGGGUAACAAUUACCUGCACAGUCCAAGUGUAACUUUAAAAAAAUAAUUCUACACUUUAGAGCAGUGUUUUGUCUUUGUGAUUCAGUAUCUUUGUUAACAUACUAAAGGUCUUAGAGAAUGGGGCAAGGGGUGGUGGACAGAGGGACCCAGGCAGGCUUGGGAAAUGGGAGCAUGGGAAUCUCAUGCAGUUUAACAGGAACAAUUGCUGGUGCUGCACCUGGGUUGUGGCAACUCCCGGAAUCAAUCCAGGCUGGGGAUGAACAGAUGCAGAGCAGCCCUGGGGAGAAGGCCCUGAGGGUGCUGGUGGGUGAGAGGCUGGACAUGACCCAGCCAC